AUGAGGAACAAACCUACUUAUUUUCAUGUGUCUUUUCUUAUUAUUUUCUUGUUUUUAUUUCAUUUGAAUAAUAAAAGCAACAACGCAUCUGCUUCAGAGACUGAUACGUUAGUUAUCGGUGCAAUUACGGACACGACGUCGCGAGCAGGCAAAGAAGCCAGAGUCGCCAUGGAAAUCAUGGUAGAUGAUUUCAACGCAAGAACAGGGAAAAACCUGACGCUAUACGCAAGAAACUCUAGAGGAAAUACUGUACAAGCGAUCCACGAAGCCACCUAUCUUAUUAAUACACAUAAGGUGGAGGCGAUUUUGGGACUACAGACCUUGGAAGAAGUGGUUUCAGUCGCAGAGGUCGGUAGUGAAGCUCAAGUUCCGACCUUCUCUCUUUUUGAUUCAGUUCCUGAAUGGGCACUAGAUCGGUGGCCCUUUCUUGUUCAAGCCUCACCCUCUCAAUUUGCUCAAAUGAAAGCUGUUGUUGCUAUUUUGAAAUCUUGUGAGUGGCAUCGCUUUACUUUCAUAUACGAAGAUAUCAAUUCAGCUUCCACUCAAGUCAUUCCUCAUCUAAUCGAAGCCAUAAAAGAAUCUGGUGUAGAAAUGAGCACUAUCGUAAAGCUCUCAUCUCUAUCUUCUUCUUCUUCUUCUUCUUUGUUGCUAGAAGAACUUGAAAGGAUUAAAACAGAGCAAUGCAGAGUGUUUCUCGUUCACGCCACUUUGGAAAUGGGUAUUCGCCUUUUUCAAAAUGCAAAAAACAUGGGGAUGAUGGAAAGGGGUUAUGUUUGGAUCACAACAACUUUAUUUACAGAUCUUCUCCAUACUGUGAAUUCCUCUACCUUUUCCAUGAUGGAAGGUAUUGUGGGACUUGGUAGUUUCUUUCUGGAUACUAGCUUACAGUUUCAAGAUUUUAGCACAAAGUUUCAGAAAAAGUUCAAGAUCGAGCAACCUGAAGAAGAUAACAACAUGCCCGGCAUUUUUGCAGCCCAGGCCUAUGAUGCUACAUGGAUUGUGGCCUUAGCAUUGAGCGAAAAGAACACGAGUGGGCAAAAGUUACUGGAAAGAGUUCCAUCAAUGUCUUUAAAUGGCAAUGGCAUCACCGGUGAAGUUCAGUUUGUUGACCGAAAACCAGCUGCGUCACAUAUAUUUCCCAUUAUCAACGUUAUAGGAAAAUACUAUAGAGAACUCGGGUUCUGGUCAGAAGGACACGGUUUUUCUGAGGUUAUUAAUAGGACUACUAACAAUACCUCUUUGCAAAGUUUAGGCUACAUUUUUUGGCCUGGGAGACCGUUGCAUACUCCAAGAGGGUGGGAUAUUUCUACAAAUGUCAAUCCGUUGCGAGUUGGUGUGCCAACGAUGGCCAUGUUUAAGAAAUUUGUGGAAGUGAUAUAUGAUAGCGAUGGUAAUUUCACUUGCACUGGAUAUUCAGUUGAGCUUUUCAAAGAAAUGGUUAAACAGUUGCCAUAUUACUUGCCAUAUGAGUUUAUCCCCUUCAACGGAACAUAUGAUCAACUGGUGGAGAAAGUUUAUCUAAAGAUAUUUGAUGCAGUAGUUGGUGAUGUCUCAGUAGUGUCCAGACGAUAUCAGUAUGCCGAGUUUACACAUCCGUAUACAGAAACAGGGUUGGUGAUGGUAGUACCUGUUGCAUCACAGCAUGGACAAUGGCUAUUUGUGAAGCCCUUCACAUUGGGCAUGUGGGCUCUAACUGUUAUGAUUCAUAUCUAUAAUGGCUUUGUGGUAUGGCUGAUUGAGCGGAAACACAGUCCUGAACUCGAAGGGUCUGCAUUGCAUCAAACUGGAAUUCUUCUUUGUUUAGCCUUCACGAGGAUGUUUUUAGCAAAUGGUGACGAACUUCAUAGCAAUUUGACAAGAAUAACAACUGUGGUGUGGCUUUUUGCGGCAAUAAUCAUUGGUCAGUGUUACACGGCUAGCCUCACCAGUAUGCUCACUGUUAGAAGGCUGAUACCUAAAGUAGCCGACUUUGAGACACUGAAGAAUACAAAUGCAAUUGUGGGGUAUGGCAGAGGAGCCCAUGUCGUUAGGUAUUUGGAGGAUGUUUUGCAUUUCAAGCCUAGUAACAUUCGGAGCUUCAAGUCACCAGAAGAAUAUGCUCGUGCUCUUCGAAGUGGAGAAAUAGCAGCGGUUUUUCUUGAGGCUCCGUUCACUAAACUAUUCCUUUCCAAGUACUGCAAGAGCUUCAUGGCGGCCGGGCCUACAUUCGGGGAUGGAGGAUUUGCAUUUGUACUUCAGAAAGGUUCUCCAAUGCUUGCUGAUUUUACGAAGGCAUUACUGAACAUUUCCGAAAGUGGAACUCUCCGACAUAUGGAGCAAAGAAUGAUUGGUUCCGAGCACUGUGUAGAUCUGGAAUCGAUCCAUGAUGACUAUGAAAGUUUGGGUCUUCAUAGCUUUUGGUCACUUUUCCUUUUUACAGGCGCCACUUCGACCGUUGCACUUGCAAUCUAUGUCAUUAUUAGCUUGCGUAAUCAUUACUGGAUUGAAGGGAGAAGUCUCGUCACCAUUAUUUCUGAUGUUAGAAAGUAUUUUCUGUAUCGAAGGAAACGAUUCUCCAGGAAAGUCAGCAAUGUGGAAAGUCCUAAAAGUUCAAGCGUGCUAGAAAUGAGUUGAGUCUAGGCGUUACAACGCAGUUACGCUGGAUUUGACCCGAACAGAUUGGAACCUACUAUGAUUGUGCAUGGAAACAAGAUGAACGACAACAGCAAAUACUAAAAUCGAAAAGCACAUGGCAUGACAUUCAGCUGUUAUAGUUCAAUCGAUGAAACAGCACAUGAUCAACAUGAACAAGAAUGAUUCACAGCAUGUUGUCAUGGGGAUGGAUCACAUGAAGUCGAGUGGCAGCAGCACCAUACAGACAUACGCAUGAUACCGUCUGACUGCAAACAGAUCAUCCGUCAAAGAAGGUUACAUUUCUGCCAAAAUCUCUAGCAACUUAUAGAGUUUUCCAAAGUGUAAAGAUAUAAUGCAAAGAAUAUAAUCCCUGAUUUUUGUGGGAUUGUAUUUAGCUUCUAGUAGCAG